AUGCCCAGGGGCUAUAAUCCUCAAUACACCUUCGACUUCAACAAUAUCAACAAGCGUAUUCUUUCCAACGCACGUGCAUAUUACGCGCAUCGCUUCCCUGAAGCGCAACGCUACGACUUCAUCACCUCAUCCAUCCCGCCGACCGACAGCCGAGAGAGCAAAGAGUACAGGGGCGGGCUGAUUGUAUAUCCCGAUCCGAAGUCAAACGACUGGGUAAUGCUGUAUAAGAGCCACUCCUGGCCAGCCGUAGAAGAUACAGCGUUCGAGAUCAAGUCCUGGCUUGAAGAGAAAAUGAGGGCUGUGUUUGACAAGAUGAACGAAGGCGAGAAGUGGGCCGGAACAAAGAAGAAGUCUAAGGACGAACUGUCAGGCAAUGAGAGAAAGUCUACUGCAGGCGAGGACCAGAUGGAGGAUGUGGAAACUGCGGAGGACAGCUCUAAGUCGACAGAUACUGCUGCUGGCGAUAUCGGCGACAACCCUGAAAUUGGCGUCAAAGACAAAGAUAAAGAGGUCCUGAAGCAGCCAGAGGAAUCUACUUCUGGUAAUCCGGUAGAGGCUGCGAGCAACGCUGUCAUGCCGUUUCGCAAACGCAAGUCAGCCGCCGAGGAGGAAGAGGAGCGCAAGAAGAGCGUGAAAAACAAUGACGAGGAGCGUGUCUUUGUUGGAGAGAAGAAUGACCCGCCUGCCCAAGAAAAGAAGGGUACCGUUGUCGAGCCCAUCGUGGAUCCGAUUCAGGUAAAGCUUCCGCCGACUGAGAAGUAG